AUGGCCUCAACAAUGCUGAACCUGAACUUGGUGAAUUUGAAUUCUGUUAAAACCACAAAGUAUGACUAUGUGGGCCUGAAGCCAUUGAAAGCGAAUCAGAACAUUCUAUGUAUGAGGCCUCAUUCAGCCAAAAUCACACGGCGUGGCCCGAUGAUAAGGGCCGAUUAUCGUGAUGGAUCAGUAAAGAAGAUGGGGAUGAGUGACGAGGAGUGUGAGGCUGCAGUUGUUGCAGGGAAUAUUUUGGAAGCUCCACCGGUGCCCCCCAAGCCAUCUCCGCCAGCUGGCACACCGGUCGUGCCCCACCUUCCACUUAAUCGGCGGCCACGUCGGAAUCGUAGGUCACCGGUGUUAAGGGCUGCAUUUCAAGAGACUAAUUUAAGUCCAUCCAAUUUGGUUUAUCCACUUUUCAUUCAUGAAGGUGAAGAGAACACCCCGAUUGGAGCAAUGCCCGGAUGUUCUAGGCUUGGGUGGCGACAUGGACUUGUGGAAGAGGUGUCUAAGGCUCGAGAUGUUGGUGUCAACAGCAUUGUGCUCUUUCCAAAAGUUCCUGAUGCUUUAAAGACUUCUACAGGAGACGAAGCUUACAAUGAAAAUGGACUGGUGCCUCGAGCAAUACGGCUACUGAAAGACAAGUAUCCGGAUCUCAUUAUAUAUACCGAUGUUGCUCUUGAUCCAUAUUCCUCUGAUGGGCAUGAUGGCAUAGUAAGAGAAGAUGGAGUUAUUAUGAAUGAUGAAACUGUGCAUCAGCUGUGUAAACAAGCAGUUGCUCAGGCCCGAGCGGGGGCAGAUGUUGUGAGCCCAAGUGACAUGAUGGAUGGUCGUGUAGGAGCUAUUCGGUCCGCCCUUGAUGCUGAAGGCUUUCAGAACGUCUCGAUUAUGUCGUAUACAGCCAAGUAUGCAAGCUCGUUCUACGGUCCCUUCAGAGAAGCAUUAGACUCAAAUCCACGAUUCGGAGACAAAAAAACUUAUCAGAUGAAUCCAGCAAAUUACAGAGAAGCCCUUAUCGAAACACGUGAGGACGAGUCUGAAGGGGCCGAUAUUCUUCUGGUGAAACCGGGUUUACCUUACUUGGAUAUAAUCAGGCUUUUGCGCGAUAAUUCACCUUUGCCAAUUGCUGCAUAUCAAGUUUCGGGUGAGUACUCGAUGAUUAAAGCUGGGGGUGUUUUGAAAAUGAUCGACGAGGAGCGAGUGAUGAUGGAGUCGCUGAUGUGCCUCAGAAGGGCCGGCGCUGACAUCAUCCUGUCGUACUUUGCCCUGCAAGCCGCACGAUGCUUAUGUGGCGAGAAGAGGUGA